AUGUUUCUCAUCAUCGAAUACCGCAACACUGGGCUGGCCGCAACCCCCAACUUUUUCCUGCCUACGGCUGCCCUGGCAGUCGGGAAACAUCCACACGGAUACACUACUAGGCGCUUCUCACCCGGCACAUCUGAGCAUAGGUCCCACGACUGCCAUCACUGCUAUAAUGGCUAUGAUGAUAUCAGUGAACACAGUGCAUCUUCAGAUUUCUCUGAACGGUAUGGCGUGUUGAAGGGACCAGAGAUCAUAGUCUUCGAGAUACUUGGGUUUAUGGGCCCUAGCCAUAGAUGGAUCAGGUACCAUCACUGUAUCUUGCGGUUGAAUGAACCUCCACACAGCUUAGCCCCGCAUACCUCUCCUCAACCUAGAACAAGGGGUUUCAUGGAGAAGAUGGAACAACACUCACGCGGUCCACGUGACCAUAACACCUGCUCGAAUCUCCAAAUCUCCAAGUCCAUAUUGCAACCAGAGGAGCAGCUGAUCUGGGGAAUCUCGUGGGACGAUGCGCCCUGGCGACCCAUCUUUGCGUCAUCUGUGGACAUGGCAGAUGCCGGCACGCCGCGUUAUCACCAUAGUCAGCACUCUUGUAUGGAUGGUUCCGCCACUGUGGUCGGGCAGGCCGUGGACGACCGAAUCUCGAACAACACGCCCAAUUCUCUCAUGAACCGGCGGCGGCUUGCUUCCCACUCCGCAUACCCAAUCGUUGUCAGCCCGGUUGCCCCUUUCAAAGGAUGCUGCAGGCAGACUCUUCCGAAACGUCUCUGCGUGAGUUGGGAGACUAGAAUGGUCAGCUAUACUGAACAGGACCCCAUACAUCUGCGGGCGCUAUGGUGGAGAUGGCGAGGAUGGUUCUUCGGCGUAGUCUCUGUAUACGCUGCAGACAAGAUGAUAAGAGGCAUGAAAUUUGACACUCGUGACCAUCGACCAUCAACCCUCAUCUGGGCAACCGAUCACAAAUGGUGUUGGUUCGCUUGGCAGAAACACUGCUGCCCCUCGCUUACUGCCUGGUCUGAUUACAUUUUUAGCACCCGGCCACAGACGCCGACCGGUGAACUCCAAAAGGUAGCAUUCCGGACGGACGGCUACCCGUCCAAGGGGGGCAGCAGUCCACGUAGGACUCCGGCCUUACCCAUCCGUAGCCCUGACCCGCCCGCCACUUACGCACCUUCGCACCACGACCACUGGGCACAUAACAUGACUUCCCUUCGCUCCUCAUCCGCCUCCUCCUCCUCUCUCCUCCCUCCUCACUCCUCACUUCCGCUUCCUCGACUCCUCCGGUCACCUCCCACCAUCCCCGCCCGACAUGUUAGUCUACACUUCCGUCAUCAUCGCUGA